UCCUUGAGAGUGGCGGGGCCAAAAGAAGCAAACGACCGAGAGGCUCACGGAAGUCCGAGCGUCCCGCCAAGGUCAUUAAGAGGACUGAAAAGACACCUCCUCCACCAGCUUCGGUUGCUACGAGUUCGGCUGUGGAGCCGACUCCUCAGGCCGAAGCGUCCACUACGAUCGAGCUCCAACCUUCUCCCAUCAUGGUUCACUCAACACUCGGCCCACCUCCGAAAAAACCCUCGGCUCCCACAACAUGCAAGUUGUCAGUUUCUACUCACAUCGAUGAGCAUGUAGUUGACAAUGCUGCUGGAUCCCAUGGGGCUACACUUGGCUCGGACAUUCUGUCUCGAGUGGGCCAGAGAUUUAGUGGCUUUGACGCUCCUCAUUGGCAGUUCUUGAAUAAUGCUUGAGACUGCAAUACGCUUUAUGAGAAGAGUAUCGAGCUCACUGCUGUGACUCUUGCUGUCUUUGCCCAGCUCAACUAUAAGCUGAACAACGAGGUCCACUCGAGCAUGUCAAUUGCUCAGGAGGCGAAGGAUCUUCAGCUCAAACUAAGUGAUGAGCUCAAGGCAACAAAGGAAAAGGUGGAGGCAGGAGCUGAGGAGCUAAAGGCCAGGUCUUCCGAGCUUGAAAAGAUGAAUGCCCGGCUCGCGGAGCUUGAACAAGAGAAUGCUCGGGUCAAGGAGACCAAUGCCAAGCUUGAAGAAGAGAAGGCCGCCACUUUCGAGAUCAUGGAAGGUGAAAAGAGUCGUCUUCUCGAGGAGUUUAAGGAGAAGAUGGACAGGGCAGUCGACAUGGCCAUGUAUAGAAUCUGGGCCAACAAUGUCGACCUUGACACUAGCUUCUUAGGCCCUCUUGAAGCGAAGCUCGUGGCCCAAUGGCAGGCUCGGCUGGAUGAUGAGGAGAUUGCUCGAGAUGAGGCGAAGAGAGCCGGAGGGAACGCUGAUGCUGAGAAGGCCAAGGAGAAUGCUUCUUCUUAAUUCUUGCCUCGGGACUGUGUCCCUUUGAAUCUUUUGUAAUAGCCCUUUUUAUUUUUGAUUUAUUUUUUAUGCCCAUGGGCCCGAGACAAUUUUAUAGCUCGUGAAAGAGCUGGUAUUACUUUUUUGAACUUACUUUAAUACAUUUGCUUUACAUUUCUUGA